AUGGGAGUUGCUUACGAUGCCAUCCAAAGUUACGAUAUCCGGAACUUGAUUACCUUUGCGGCUAUCUUGUCUUUUGUUCUCCACCCAUUAGCGAAGUACCCUGGACCCUUCCUUGGUCGUUGCACAAAUCUUUAUGCCGCAUAUAAGGCAUGGAGAGGGACGUUGCAUAUAGAUAUCUAUGAAUGUCAUUUGAAAUACGAAAUACAUUCCCACGGCGCAAACAAUCUUAAGUCAGUUGUGUAUCAAGUGUUGGUUCAUGGAGCCCCAAAUACUUUGACGAUUCGUCGGAAAGAGGAACAUACCUGGAGAAGACGAAUACUCAGCUUGGCGCUCUCCGAUGCCAAGGUAACCUCCUACCAGGACAUCCUCAGCAAGCAUAUCGCAACAUUAUGCAAAAAUCUAGAGAGGAGCUCGAGAAGCUGCGAUUAUUUUUUUUUCGAUGUCAUGUCUGAGGUAAUUUUUGGGAUGAAGUACAAUGCCCAGAAUGAGCCAACGUACCAACACGUGACUAGAUCGCUAGCAGAUUCAAAUGUACGAAUUAGCGCUCUGGUACAAGCUGCAGUCUUGAAGUUUGGCAGGCUUGACAAGAUUCUUUUUCGAUCUUCUAUAAAAGGCAGAAAUCGAUUUCUCGCUUUCAUUAGCUCAUUACUCAGAGACCGAACCAAGGGCGCUUUGACAGCCAGUGGUAACGUCUUCUCCUUCCUUGAGAAGGCAGAGGAUCCAGAUACCAGAAAGGCUCUGAAUGGAUCACAGAUUCGUGCCGAGUGCGCUACAAUGGUUGUAGCUGGAUCUGAUACGUCAUCCUCAACACUUGCCGCCACUCUAUUCUACUUGAGCGUCAAUCAGCAGCCAUAUGAACGUGUCUGCCAAGAAAUUCGCGAUAAGUUCGCUCAUAGCCGCGACAUCUGUUUGGGGCCGCAACUCAGUUCUUGCACUUACCUCCGCGCUUGCAUUGAUGAGGCACUUCGGAUGUCGCCGCCAGUAGGCGGCGCUCUAUGGAGGGAGAUUAUGCCUGGAGGUAUGGUUAUUGAUUCCAUCCCACUGCCUGCCGGUAUCGACGUUGGAACUGGAAUCUACAGUCUGCAUCACAACCAUCGAUAUCAUCUAGAUCCAUUCAAGUACAUGCCAGAGAGAUGGCUUGUUGGAGAGGCAGGAUCAACUGAGGAAUCUGUACAAACAUCUAGGAGUGCUUUUGUCCCGUUUUCCAUGGGACCUAGAAGCUGCGUUGGGAAAGGGUUCGCCUACCACGAGUUGAUGCUGUCUUUAGCUCACAUUAUUCAUCGUUUCGACUUCUAUAACCUUAGAAGAGCCCAGAGCAACAACAGCUCCUCUACAGAUUCUGAGGGAAGGGAUGAGUUUCUGCUACAAGACCAUGUCACCGGCGCGAAAAAGGAACUAUAUCUUAGUUUCAAUCCGCGAUAUUAG